UUGAAAUGGAUGGGCCACCCCCUAUGUUGACUCCCGAACAAGUUUGGCAUAGAGUCAUGAAUUUACCAAAAGUCAUAGAAGAUGGUGUGCUUAGACUAGAUGGACAUGGACAACAACAUAACUGGACAAAAAGAAGUAUCUUUUGGGAUCUUCCUUACUGGAAAGACAAUUUAUUAAGACACAACCUUGAUGUUAUGCACAUAGAAAAAAACUUCUUUGACAACAUAUUCAACACUGUGAUGAAUGUACCUAAUAAGACUAAAGACAAUGAAAAGGCAAGGAAGGACUUAGCUUUGUAUUGUAGGCGAAAAGACUUGGAGCUAAAGCCACAAAAUAAUGGGAAGAUGUUAAAGCCAAAAGCAAACUACAUAUUAACUGUAGAGCAAGCAAAACUAGUUUAUCAGUGGAUAAAAGAACUUAGGAUGCCUGAUGGAUAUUCUUCUAAUUUGGCAAGAUGCGUUGAUGUUGAAAAGAGAAAAAUGAUUGGAAUGAAAAGUCAUGAUUGUCAUGUAUUCAUGGAGUGUCUGCUUCCAAUUGCCUUUAGUUCAUUACCAGUUCAUGUUUUAAAUCCACUUAUUGAAGUCAGUAAUUUCUUUAAAGAUUUGUGCUCUACAACAUUGAGGGAGGAUGAUUUGAGUAAGAUGGAAAAAAACAUUCCAAUUAUUCUCUGCAAGUUGGAGAGAAUAUUCCCUCCAGGAUUCUUUGAUUCAAUGGAACAUCUCCCUAUUCAUUUAGCCUAUGAAGCUAAACUUGGUGGACCAGUCCAAUAUAGGUGGAUGUAUCCGUUUGAAAGAUAUGUCAUCAGGAGGUUGUGACCCUCCCCGUCCACCGUCGCCUAGCGGGAAUAAGGGGAAACAGGUAAUGAAGGGGACGAAGCGAUAUGAGAUUAAAGUAUUGUCACGUAGAGACAACUUCACAUCAUCUAUCACAUCCCCAGUUGUGGCAUCUAGACCAUCCCCAUUCCCAGUCAUUGGUUGUAUGUCAUCCUCAUCCAUAGCUAUUCGUUCUACACCAUCUCCAUCCUCAGGUGCGACAUCCACACCAUCUCCAUCCCCGGGUGCGACAUCCACACCAUCUCCAUCCCCAAAUGCUAUAGGAACACCUAAUGUUAAUCCACCACCUACUAGUGAAGACUUAAAUGAGGAAGACCCGCCACUUGAUGAUCUUCCUUUAAUUAAACCUACUCGUAAUGGGUUUCUCCCAUCAAAGACUGCAUCAACUGCUAUCACACGGACCAUUAAGCAGCAAUAUCAUUCACCUUGGGUCACAUGGGGAGAAAUUCCCCAGGCUGAUAAAGAUAUUUUCUUUCAACGUUUCAAGAGGAUGGUGAAAUGGAGUCCUGAGCAUGAAAGUAAUAUCAAAAAAAAUUUCAAUGCAAAAGCUUCUCAUAGACUUUCUGAGAUGUUUAUGGAUGCCCGAAAGAAAAAUAAGAAACCAGAUUGGAUUGGAGAUCGUGUGUGGAACUCUUUAUUAGAACAUUGGAAUGUACCUACAUAUCGUACAAAGUGUACACAAGCACAAAAAAAUAGAGCAUCUGAAAAGGGUGGAAGUAUGCACACAUGUGGCUCCAUUAGCAUGAAUGAACAUGCCAUUCGCAUGGAAAAGGAGCUUGGUCGACCUGUACACCAUGAUGAACUCUUUCAGCAAACUCAUAUACGAAAAGACACUGGUCAGUUUGUUGAUGAUAGAUCUAGGCGGACACAUGAAGAUUUUGAAGCUAGAUUUUCUCAAGCUAUAUCUGAGGUUGGAUCCACUGCUGGCACCUCAGAAUGCACCCCUUUAGACCCUGUUGAGGAGGAUAGACUUAGGAGUCAAUGUUGGAAUGCAGCUAUCGGUAAAAAAUACAAGGGACGUCGUUAUGGUACGGGAGAUCUUUAUGAGAAUGAACAUAGUAGCUUUGUGGGGACAUCUUCAAGUCAGUCUCAGAAUACACAAGAGAUUUCUCAGUUGACACAACGAGUUUUAGCUAAUGAGGAAGAGAUGCGUCGGAUGCGCUCCCAAUAUCAGACUGAGAUUCAAUCCUUGACCUCCCAGUAUCAGACUCAGUUCAACACAUUUCUCAAUGCUGUACUCCCAUUCCUACCACCUACUAUGCAGACUACUCUUCAACAGCAACAACAACAUCAACAACCAAACAGACACCAACAACAAGACAAUCGGCAACCAACAGAGGAUGAACAAGCUAAUGACCAACAUCAACAACAUUCACCUGGAUAUUCAAAUUAUUAGAUAUAUUGUUAUGUUAUAAUUCUAUUGGUUGUACUGUAUUUUGUUUUUAAAUUUGAACCCUAAACUUUAUUUAUGUAUGACAUUUUAUUUUGUUUGAAUGAUUAAACUUGUUUUAAUUCACA